ACCGACCUCUCUUAACACUGUGUUUCACCUAUAUUGAAUACACAACUGCGCAUCCAUUCUACUACACAAGUUAAUACAAGUGUUGACCAUACAAUUUUUAUUCGAAACAUAAUAGUUUAAAUGUCAUUCAAUGAUAAAGAUAGACUCAUUGUCGACCAAGACAUUGACCAAUUCGUUAUUUAUUUUGAAGCUAUCUUUGACCAUCCUCCAACUGUUAAAUGUUUCACAGGAUACCUUGGCGCCACUUUCAAUGGAGAAAGUUGUCAAUUUUUAGAAUGUGUAAAUGAAUACAGAAAAGUUAAACAUGAAAGAAAGAGAUUUCAAAUGGCACACGACUUGUUUGAGAGGUUUAUUGCCGAAGGUGCAAAUACACAACUAAACUUGAGAGGUGAUAUUCGAAACAAGAUUCAAAAGGUUCUCAAUCCAGAUAAUGUUUCUUCUUCACCAAUUUCAAUCGUUUCUGCUAGAACUUCAACAGGAGGUAAUGCUAACAAUAACAAUCCAAAUAGUCCACAAUCGAAUGGGUCACCUGUUCCUUUCGUCUCCAGACACUCACUCGAUUCAACUAACAGUACAGAUUCCGCAUCAGUGAGUUCGGAAAGUGUUUCUACCAUAGCAAAUAGAUGUAAAUCUCCAACAACAGAUUAUUCUGCUUCAAAUUUAUCAUCAAAUUCUACAAACGGUCUCAAUUGUCCAAAGAAUUUAUUUGAUGAAGUUGAAUCAUCGGUCUUGCUAAGCUUAAAAGAGAAUAAUUUCAAGAGUUUUCUUGAGAGUGAUUACUUUAAAACCUAUCUUAAAACUCAACCAUUGAAAGUUUUAUACGAAAUUGGUAGUGUUAAAGAAGAUUCUCAAUUAUUCUAUGUAGAAUCUUUGGGUGAUUUGAAAAAUGAAAGUUUCAGCAUUAACGAUUUCAAGUUCUUAAAGAUGCAACUCUCAAAUUAUGAUCCUAACGAAUGGGAAGUGAUUGGAAGUAGCAAACAUCACAAAUGUUACUUUUCAAAAAAGAGUUAUGAUAUGGGAGAGUCAAUUGGGUUGAAUUUCUUCAAAUUUGAUUGUACCUUUCCAUUUAAUAUUAAGCAUGUUAUGAAUACAAUUUUUGAAAAGGAAUACAGAUUGCAAUAUGAUGGUAAUUUGUGUGAAAUUGAACAAUUGAAUUAUGUUGAAAAGAAGGCAACAGAUGGACCAGUAACUGGUUCUUCAUUGAUGGCCUCUUCAGUGACAAGAGAAAUUUACAAAUUAGUUUGGCCAUUCAAUCCAAGAGAAUUUAUUGUCUCAUCCAGUGGUGUAUUUGAUACAUCAACCAAUACUUACUAUAUUGGUAAGAAGAGUUGUGUAACAAAUAAGGCACCAAGUGAACCAAAGAAGGGCGUAGUCAGAGCAGUUUCAAUGGGUGGUUGGGCAUUCCAGGCAAUCGAUGAGAAUACAUGUCGUUACUCUCAGAUUUUCUAUUUGGAUUUCAAAGGAAAUAUUCCAAGAGGUGUAGUGAAGACUAUAUUGAAAGAUAGAGCAAAGAGUUUCCUCAAACUUGGUACGAAAUAUAUCAAGAUUAAUGAAAAGAGAGGAUUCCUCUGUAAGGAGAGUAAUGAAAUGUGGAGAAGUAUCGAAGAAAAUGGAAAUGUCAUUAUUUAAUAAUCAUCAUUUUCAAUAAUAUUGAAAUGUGCAAAUGCGGCCUUUUUUUGUAAAAUAAAGAGAAUUUAAAUUUUUGAAAA